UGUAGUCGUUAGCCUGCACAGCAUUUGAAUGGGUUUUAGGGCACAAACUAUAUAGGAAACACCAAUUCUAGGUCAAGAAAGACUGAUCACCUACAUACACUGACUGAGAAAACCCCACUGACUCAAAAUUCAUAAUGAGGGCUUUUGUGCAGGAAGUUGUUGGGCACAGGGAUUGUGCCGAAAGGACUGUUCAUUCAGAGUCUUGAGAGCUUUUCUUGGAAAAAUAUCAGAUGCUCCACUGGGAACUUAGUUGAAAGCUACUCCUGAAGCAGGACAGUGGACUGGCAGUAACUGGGAAGGACCGAUUGGAGGGAAAAUGGAGAGCAAUGAAGGAGUGGUUUUCUCUGAAUGCUGGUAAUAACUCUUUCUAUUUAAAUUCUGUAUAAACCUUCCAGAGCAUAACAUUACUAUACAAGACCUCUUCUAGGCAUCUUUUGAAGGCAAGAAUCACAUAGAGUUUUUCUACCUGGACUGACCCUGGAAUUCCUUCUUUCUGGGAUUGAUUUUCAGUCCCUUUCUCUCCCAAGUAAUACAGGAACCAUUUAUUCAUUGGAGACAGGCCACAGGAAUGCAAGUUUUGGCCAAUUCCCCAUUUUCUGCUAGACUUUGCACUGGUGUGAAGUUUCCUCUGUGUUGAACAUGGCCCCGACGUGCCUGCGGCCCCUGCUGAGGUACCGCUCCUUCGCCAUCCUCUUCCUCACGCCGCUGCUGCUGCUGCCGCUGCCGCUCGCUGUGUCCACGCGGGAGGCCAGAUGUGCAUAUAUCGUCAUCAUCAUGGCUGUGUACUGGUGCACUGAAGUGAUCCCCCUGGCUGUCACCUCCCUCAUUCCAGUGGUAUUUUUCCCUCUGCUUGGAGUUCAGACUGCUAAAAAAGUGUGCUUUCAGUACCUAAAUAACACAAACAUGCUCUUCCUUGGAGGGCUGAUUGUCGCAAUUUCUGUUGAGCAGUGGAAUCUUCACAGAAGGAUUGCACUGAGAGUCCUUCUGAUUCUUGGGGUGAAACCUGCACUCCUCAUGCUGGGAUUUAUGGCAGUCACUGCCUUCCUGUCCAUGUGGAUAAGCAACACAGCCACCACUGCCAUGAUGGUUCCCAUUGUCCAGGCUGUUCUGGAUCAAAUUGACAGCACAGAGUAUGAUGUGAACAUGAUGGAACAAGCAACUGGGCAAACAAAUGCAGUGAUUGAGCUGGAGGAAAAGAGCACAUCAGAGUCCACUGCAGUGCACGUUGUAAGCAAUGAACAAGCCCCUGAUGACGCCAGAUCUUCUGAGGAACAGAAAAUGAAGAAGCGUAUAUGCAAGGGAAUGACACUUUGUGUAUGCUAUGCUGCCAGCAUUGGAGGAACUGCAACACUUACCGGAACAGGACCAAAUGUGGUACUGAAAGGCCAGAUGAAUCAGUUAUACCCCAACAAUAAUGAUAUUGUGAAUUUUGCUUCCUGGUUUGGAUUUGCAUUCCCAAACAUGAUUGUGAUGUUGGUGCUAGCUUGGCUUUGGUUACAGUGCUCCUUCAUGGGACUCAACUUUAAAAAAAACUGGGGCUAUGGGACAGAGAGAACUGCAAAAGAAAAAGCUGCAUACAAUGUGCUGAAGGAAGAAAUGAGAAAGUUAGGCCCUGUCUCUUAUGCUGAAUUAAAUGUCUUCCUGUUGUUUUUAUUGCUGGUGCUCUUGUGGUUUACCAGAAACCCAGGCUUUGUAAAAGGCUGGGCUGCCAGGCUCUUCUCAGGAGGAGACAAGUAUAUCACUGAUUCUGUUCCUGCUAUGUUUGUUGCCCUGUUACUGUUUGUGCUUCCUGCUCAUAAGCCCAAAUUCAUAGCCUGGAAUCAAAGCGUGUCUGACCCUAAACAGACUGAAGAAGAUAUAAAAAAGCCAUUUUUAUCAACCUCGCUGCUAGACUGGGAUGUGGUUCAAAGGAAGAUGCCCUGGAGCAUUGUGCUGCUGCUGGGAGGAGGUUUUGCUUUAGCUGAUGCAAGCGCAAACUCUGGGCUCUCAGCUUGGCUGGGUCAUCAGAUGACUCCCCUGGGAUCUAUCCCACCAUGGGCCAUUGCAACAGUGGUCUCCCUUAUUAUAGCUGUCUUCACUGAAUGCACCAGUAACGUGGCCACAGCUACCCUCUUCCUGCCCGUCUUUUCAUCCUUGGCUACAUCUAUCAAGAUCCACCCUUUGUAUGUUAUGGUGCCUGCUACUCUCAGUGCUUCAUUUGCCUUCAUGCUACCUGUUGCAACACCACCAAAUGCAAUAGUGUUUUCUUAUGGCCACCUCCGUGUAUUGGAUAUGGUUAGAACUGGAAUAGUGAUGAACCUCAUUGGAGUCUGCUGUAUCACUCUGGCCAUCAACACAUGGGGAAGACCUGUAUUUGGGCUGGACACAUUCCCAGCCUGGGCAAACAGCACAGCAAACCAGUGAGCUGUGAAGAACUCUUGUGUUAAAUGAGUGUUCGUCUGAAGCUGGAGGAGUACCAGAGUCACAGAAGUACAUGUGCCAGUGCCUUCAAUAAACCAGUCUUUUUACACUUUAUCAUCCAAUUCGCAGCUCGCUUGAAUGGUAUUUGGCAUCUGCAGAUGAAGUGGUUCCACCAUGAUUGUCAUUGGCUGCCCUCUGCAAUGCACAUUACCUGCCAGUUUCUUGACCUCAAAAAAGAGAACUUAUGGAAGAGUUAAGCCUUUAAUUAAAUAUAUUCUGACAAUUGUUUUAGUCACUGAAAACUAUGAUCUUGUUUCUAUUGAAUUAAAAUUAUAGCAUUGGAGUA